GGUAGCCAUUCGGGGUCGAGGCUUGUUCUAUAUUCCCCUGACACAGACUAUCCCAUUGACAGCUGUUAAUAUCUGCGGUGCUCAUCAUGAGCGCUCUCGUUGUUUAUGAAAGUAGCAGCGAGGAUGAUGAGCCAGUAAAGCCUACAGCGGAUUCCGAGGCAGCGCCCGUCGAGCAACCAUCUACUCCAGCCCAUACAGUCGACGGGCAAAAUGGUCAAGCUCCCAUACAAGCAGCACAGCAAGAUUCGCCCAGAGAGCAUCAGGUUCAAGUUGUUGAUGGCCCCAUGGUAGGGCCUACAAUGCCUGAUCGGGUUGUGGAAAACGGCCUCGACGGAGAAACCACACCAGCGACUCAGCAAUCAACGUCUGAACGCGAUGCCGUUCGAUUCCUUACACAAGCGUCUCAUCCCAUGACCUCGAUUCCGUCUUCUCCUCCCGGAUCGCCAGACCCGGCUCUCAAUGCCAAGUUUGCGCGGUUUCUAGAGUUGAAGGCCAAAGGCGUCCACUUCAAUGAGGACCUUGCCAGCAAGUCCACCUUUCGAAACCCUAGUUUUCUCUCCACGAUGGUGGCGCGAAUAGGGCUGGAUGAAAGUGAUCAGUAUAGGACCUCCUUGCCUCCCCAGAUUUGGAAUCCACUGGCUUUCCCGAGUUGGGCGUACAAAGAAGAACUCCUCCGCAGUCAACACACUAUCAGGGAACAGGAGUCAGCUACCAAGAAGAGCCUUUCUGCGGCAGGAAAGCGAACUAUCGAGUUCACAUCCGGGGGUACGCCCGGCGUCAGCAGCCGGGAUUCGACGCCAGGAAUGUCAAGUAAACGGAAGCGACAUUGACAGGGCGCUCGAAGAUCGCAUGGAGAUUCGUUUCUUGCUGUUGGAAGCAUCAACAGCAGCGGGAGGCCCCCGUUUUCAGACCAUUGGUCGACCCCAGAUGGAUGUGUGGCUAUCGUCUUGUAACCGCCGUUAAGGGCGGUCUGGUUUAGACGUGAUUACAUGAAUCAUGGUGACAUCGACUGAUUAGUAGGAGAUGGGGUACAGGUUAGCCAUCAUUACCACGAGCCGGGGGCAAUCGGAGGUGAGCAGAUGAUUCGUGCGGGUGCGCAAUCAGUGGCUACGGCUAUACAGUAUGGGGGCGUGAGAAGUUCACUACUGUGUGAUAUGUGAAGCACACGAGACUCUCAGAAAGCUGCCAGUGUCCAUGGUCAAGCCGCGCGCAGGGCCAAUGAUCUUCGCGCCUGGCAGUGUUCAGCCUCGGGUCCCUGCAGACGAAGCGAAGCGACUGCUAGUACUACUAGUAUGCGUGGGAAUCUCCUGCGGACGAAAGAGAGGCAGAACCGAUAUCAAGGCAUGCGCAGGGGCAAGGAGAAAUCUACGACAGGCUCGUUCACCGCAAUGUGUGCCUGUUUUCGCUUCGCUCUCGUAUUUGCAGGGUCCAGAAGCUGAUCGCGCGAACGCACAAAUAACGAACUACAACUGUCAGGGUGGCCCCAGCUUUAGAGACAGGUGCUUGUUAGGCUGGGUACAUGGGGGCGAGCGGGCCCCGGGGAACUAAUGUUUCAGGCUUGCUUAGAAUGUGUGAAUUUGGAGGAUGCGCAUUGAUGCGAGUUGACAGUUGGAGUUGGACACCGUGAAAGAUGAUUCUUACCGGCGGUACCCUGUAGAAACGGACCAAAUAAGUCAUCUACGAAUGCAAUAUGUGGAACACUAUUCAGGCAGAGGAGGCUUGGACGCUCAAGCUCACGAACUUGGUCCCUUGCGAGAUAGGGGCGAGCCGAGUCGUUUCGCAUCGGUGGCAUGCAUGGAGGUGUGUUGCAAAUGGGCAGGCUAUACAGUACCUAAUACCUAUAGGUGCCUCGCUACGGGACGAUCAAUGGCGUCUUCUAGGGGAGGCUUGUCUCCUUAAGAUCCCUCAAAAAUACAACUGUACCUGUAUC